CAGCCGUAUUCAGCCAAUUUCCCAAUUCUUAUUCAGGAGAGAGGAGUCAUUCCAAAGUUCAAAAACCUCAGAUAUCCAUUUCACUGUUAUCACGCCCUUCAAAAAAAAAAAAUUGAAACUUUUUGCACUAAAAUAAGAUCCUCCCUGAUCUGCAACGAACAUAUUAUUAUUAGGCCCAAAUACAGUGAGAGAAAAGACAGGGAGAAUCUAAAGACACUCACUCGCUUCCACAAACGACCUUUCGACAAUUUGCACCGGAAAUUCCUGUAGAUCCUCAUCUGUACCAAGUACUAUAUUCUAGUUUUCAAAACCCACGCACAUAAUAUUAUUACAUCAAAAGGAAGAGAGAGAGAGAGAGAGAGAGAGGGCAUCAGGGACCCGAAAACAGAGACAACCCACGAUCUGUGAGAAACCCUUUGUAGAACUUGCCCACGAGAGGCUACCAAUCAUGCCAUCAGGUGCCAAGAAGAACAGGAGAAAAGCUGCGAAGAAAAAGAAGGAAAAGGAAGCCCACAACAACAUCUCAACUAACGAUCCUGAAGGAAAUGACGAUGUGAAAUCCCUAGAUGGGAAGGAAAGUGAAAGUGGUGAGGUUAGUAGCCCUGUCUCACGGGACCAGGAUAGUGACCAAAAUCCAUUUAAUGAGAGGAAUGAGGAAUUGGAGGAGAGAGACCCAUCAUCCAUUCGAUCACUUGUUGCUGAGGACAAGUCUAUGGAGGACGUAUCUAGUGAUACAGAGGUUUCCCAGAAAAUAAGAUCAGAGGAUGAUGGUGGUGUUAAAAUUGAAAGGGAACUGAAAUCUGAUGAGAGUUCUGAGAGCAAAAAUGGUAGCAUUGAGCAUGUUGAGUCUGCCAAGGAACCACAUGAUGGGGAUGAUCGGAGCUCUAGCAGUAGUAGUUCCGAUGAUGAGUCCCAAGCUACUGAGAAGAAACCAAAAGAGGAGCCCUACAAUUUAGUGUUGGAAGCAAACUCAUGUGAUGAUUUGGUUAAGCCAGUUGAUUCUUUGCCGGUAGAGGUAACUUGGGUUACUGAAAAUGCACCGGUUGGGGAGACUGUUAAUUCAAUUGCAGAAACGGCCCCAAUUGUGGACUCUGUUAAGCCAAUGAUAUCUGUGUCCGAGGAGACAAUUCACAUUACUGAAAGUGCUCCAGUUGAGAAUCUAGUGAUUGCUGAUAUGAUUGAACCAGGAUCAAAAGAAAGUGAGGAAAAAUUGUCACCUAAAUCCAAAGAGGCUCCAGCAGCUGUGACGGAUUUGGCAUUGAAGCAAAAUGAGGAUAAAGUAUUUCCCUUAUCCGAUGAAAAUGUUCAUGCAUCCUUGACUGUGGUGGAAUCUGUGUCAAAUGGAUAUGAGGGUAAAACAUUGCCAUCAUCAAGUGCUCCUGCUACUGCAACUAGUAAUGGCGGAACAAAUGAAAAAGAUUCUGAGAGUAAAAUCUUGCCAUCAUCAAGUGCUCCUGCUGCUGCAAGUAGUAAUGGUGCAGCAAAUGAAAUAGAUUCUGGGGGUAAAAUAUUGGCAUCAUCAAGUGCUCCUGUUGCUGCAACUAGUAAUGGUGCAGCAAAUGAAAAAGAUUCUGAGAUUCCUGAAUGUUCUGAAAACCAGCCUCUGGUAGCACCAGCCCCACGAGUCGUGCAAAAACCCUUCUGGUUGAGUUGCUGUGGAUUGUUUGAUGUGCUUACAGGCUCUGGGAGAUAAGUUCAGAAACAGAGUUUGGAUGGGCCCCAGGGACUCGUGAAGCUUGUGAAAGUGGAGGAGUUGGUCUAGAGAAUUUUUUGAUAUUUCAAACUAGAGUUGUUCUUGGUUUUUCCCAAUAAAUGACGGGCAGGAGGCCUGACCAUAUAGACUGUCUUAAGAUUUGUGGUGAUGAUGUCAAUAUUUGUAGGCGGCUUAGUGUCCCUAGCUUUUUCAGUACAUUGCUUGCAUACUUUUGUAUUCCAGUGUUUCUUCUAGGUGGUGUGCUGUAUUUAGUUUCUUUUGCAAUGGGUAGGGCAGUGGUGCGACCUGGAUUUUACAAGUUUUUUUUGUGUGAUAUCAAUAUUCAUUUGGUUGCUGUCAUGGUGUUUUCUAAUGGACAGAGGAUUUGGCUUAGAAGCUGUAAAAAAGUUACAACGUAUGUGUUGUAGUUUUUUCAACGGUAUAGAUUUAUUUUAUGUAUCAAUGUUUUGCUUUUCUGGCA